CUCGGAUCUACAGUAGCAGGUAGCAGCUCAGACGGACCUGCAGGCUGAGGAGCGGAGGCAGUUCUCACAGCGCAGCAUGAAGAAGGUUGAUGACCCAUCAGUCGUGCACUCAACAGAGAGCUGUCUGAAACUGUUAUACAGUGAUCUCGAUGUAGCAUGUGCAUUACAGGAUGCGGAUAUGGAAGAUUUUGAAGACAUAACAUUAAAUUUUCAAGACUGCAAAGAUCUGUUCACAGAUGAUUUUGUAAGCACAUUGACAACAGUGGAUAUUUCAGAUAUUGAAGAAUUAGUAAAUUAUACAAAUGGUGAUGGAAAUAAUCGUAUGGAUGAUCUGCUCAAUGUAUUAAGUGAAACUGGAGAAUAUGAAGAAGAACCAGUAACAAAACGUUCAAGAAAAAAUUGUACAUUAAGAAAAAGUCCUCACGCUCAAAAAUCAAGACAAAAGAGAAAGAAGAAAUGUACAGACAUAACUGCAUUAAACGAAAGCUGUACUGAAAAUGAAACACCAUAUUCUAUAAGCUCCACAGAUGGUCCCUUCUUAUUUACCCCUGCAGGAUCUUUUGUAAGACCAGGAAACACAUCUUCAGGCCACCCUUCUCCUUUUACUAUGGUUCCAUCACCCAGUUUCCAAAUUAUCACAAAAAUAAUAUUUUGCUCAGCUCCUUCUCCUGGAUUAGUACUUUCAUGUCUACCAGAUACGCAUCCCAUACCAAUAACUGAACACCCUGCUCUUUCUACAAAUACAAGCAUCCCACCAUCUCCUGAUAGGAAUGAAUCCUGCAGUCCUUUUGCACCCAGUGCAUCUGAUUUGCCAAACUCACCAGAAGUGGCAUCUAUGUACCACAUCCCCUCAAUAGAAAUUAUGAACUCAUUUAUAGAAGCCCAGAAACAACUAUACCAUAAAAUAUUUGCAUUGGAAAGGGACUUCCAGUACACCGAAACUGCGCUUAUAAACAGUAGGAUCAGUCCUAAAACUGGAAAGGUUAUUAGCAAAACAGCAGAAAAGGAAUUAUUACAUUAUGAUUUAGCAGAAAGGGAAAGAGAGACCCUUCAACUCUUGAAUCUGUUUGAGGACAAAGACAGAAAGGAAAUGGAGACUAAAAUUAUUGCACUACUUGGUCAAUCAGGAAUGGGUAAGACUGUACUUGUCAAGAAGAUAUGCCAUGAAUGGUCAACUGGAAAGUUUGGUCAGUUUAGCUUUGUGUUUUAUUUUGAGUGUAGACAUCUGGAUGUAAGUAAGCAGUACAGCUUUAAGGACUUCCUUUUCAAGCUGUCAUCUUGUGCUCCAGUGAAGAACAUUGAUGUCUACCAGUACAUUCUGAGAAAUCCAGAAAAGGUUCUUCUCAUCUUUGAUGGUUUUGAUGAAUUUCAGGACCCCGAAGGUCUUCUUCAUGGUUCCUUUGCAACAUCGCCAAGUAAAACAAAUAAAGUAAAGGACUUAUUCACUGGCCUUUUCCAGAAAAAACUACUACGUGGGUGCACCCUGCUGUUAACUGCAAGGGUCAAAGAAAAACUCAAUCAGUACUUGGGAAAAGUUGACAAAAUUAUUGAGAUGAUGGGAUUUUCUUCCAGUCAGGUGGAAUGGUACAUCAAAGAGUAUUUUAAGGAAAGGCCGGAUUUCAGUAAUGCACUUGAAUGGAUAAAAAGUUUCCAGUACGUGUUCACCUACUGUUAUAUUCCUUUUAUGUGUAAAAUGAUGUGCUUAUUUGCAGAGGAGAACUUAAAGUCUCGAAACAAAGAACUACCCUUGUCUUUAGCUGCACUAUACUAUGACUUGUCUCAAAAAAACUUACACGCGUCUGGUACUUGUUUUGGUGAAGGGACAUUACAAAACGGCACAGUAGACUCAUCAUGUCUUGAUUUUGAAUCUGAUAAAAAAACUGAAUUAGAAUUACAAACCCCAAAACCACCUUCUGACACUGAAAAUACCAUGGAGCUUAUGACUUCCAGUGCUCUGGUACAGAACUUUUCUUCAGCACUUAAUACACUUGCUAGUACAAAGGACAGGAACUUGGUCAGAUAUGUUUCUUUUGACCCUAAAAAGAGGCGAAAUCAAGAAAGUUGUCCAGACGUGGUACGGAGGUUUCUUGUUGGCCUCUUGUUUCAUGACAAUGGAAGUCCCAUUUUAAAGUUCACCAAAAGUAUAAAAACACAGAAGAAAAUAGCUGAGUAUUUUCGAACAUUGCAGCUUUCACAGCUCUGCCCCCACAGACUGCUUGAGGUUUUACACUGUGUAUAUGAAACCAAUAACUCGCGCCUCAUGCGUAGUUUAGUCGUAACACUGGAUGAAGAACUUUCGUUUGUGGGCACCCGACUAACCCCACCUGAUGUCUUUGUAUUGAAAAAAGUUUUGAAAAUGUCAAAAGCAAAGGUUUCCUUGGAUCUCAGGAAGACAAGCAUUGAUCACAAAGGUUUAAAAGAACUUGUAUGUCUAAAAAGCAUUUCAUCAUUCAGGGCCUCCCUCAGUGAUACAGUUAACCUCUGGAAGACAUUACUAGCCAAUGGACAGAAUAUACUACUGAAGAAGUGCAUAAAUAAGUUCACAUUAGAACCCUUCAAAGUAGAAAGCCUGAAAGAUGUCACAGAUCUGGUAGCUCUUGUAGACAUCCAGAAUGACAUUUGUAACGGCUCUCCAGAUUCUUCACUUGACAUGGAAAUUCCAGCUGUAAAAAAUCUGAGGAGCGUCAUAUUUGGGCUCGGGAAGAAACAUGGACAAGAUGGCUUCUUGAAACUUGUGGAAAUUCUUCCCAAACUACCCGCUCUUCAACACUUAGAUUUAAACAACCUGACAGAGAAUCACAUUGGCGAUAAAGGAGUGGAGAAGCUGGCAGAGACCUUUGCAGAGCUGCAGUACCUACAGACCCUGGAUCUAUCACAGAACAAUAUUUCUAGUGUGGGAGCAAAGAAACUAGCAGCUGCUCUUCCAUCGCUGCGCUCAUUACAGACACUGAGCCUAUUUAAUAACAAUAUCUGUGACAUGGGAGCUGAAGAACUGGCCAGUAUACUUCCUGAUAUGACAUCGCUCGAGGCAUUACAAUCCAUUGUAACAAUGCCUAAAACGGACAAGAAUAGG